CGCCUGGGAGUCCCUCCCAAGGACCGGGCACAGCCUCUGUGCUGCUCACAGCCCCAGGGAGGCUCUGCGCCCCAUCUCGGGGUUUGCCGGCUCAGCAAACAGCCGCAUCGCCCCAUUCACAUUUGGAAUCAGGCUGCGGGGUCCGAGCGGAGCCACGGCGACCAUCCGGAGCCUCAGUGCCACCUCCCGGCGCUGCGCAGAACUCGUAACGUGUAACGGGAAUAAAGAGAAAAGCAAAUCCGCCGGGGCGGUCCUGCAGCUUCGAACCAGUUGUGGCUCUUCGCUGCUGUCUGCAGCUGCCCCAAGCAAUGAGCAAAGGAGCUCUGAGAAUGCAUUGACAGCACCUGAGAGCCUCUAUUUGUCCUCCGCAGCACCUGCGCUGCAUUUCCGAAUUACAGCGCUGAUGGGCUGCCGCUGCUCUUUAUUUGCAGCACAAGGGGAGCUCGUGUUCGGUGCUUUUUCUGGCCAGGGCCUGGUUCCUGGUGCUGUGCAGGAUGAGCAGCUCUUCCCCUGCUCUCAGGUCGCUGUCAGAGGACAGGACAGCUGCUGUGCUAUGGGGCUGUGAGCUGGGUGUGAACAGCCAGAGCUGCGUGGUGAAGGAGGAUGAUGACUUCCUAGAGCACCUGGUCCUGCUGAAGACGAUCUCCCUGGGGGCCAAUGCUAGAGAUGAGUUGCAUGUGGUGGCUGUGGAGUCCAAGAACACCUACGGAGACCACAAACCAGUGCCCAUUGCAUCCCUGCGUGUCUCGGUGCUUCCCAUGAUCAGUCUCAAAGGUCUGGAGUUUGUCCCUCCUGUCACCUUCAUGCUGCAGUGUGGAACUGGACCGGUUUAUCUCAGCGGGCAGCAUGUUACCUUGGAAGAUGUCCCCAGGUGCAAAGCCCACAAGGGAGAGUUGUUGGAUAUGGAUGGAGGUGAUGAGGACGAUGCCAGGGCAGCGCAGGAUGGAGAAUAGUUGCAGCUCUGGAUGGGAUGGAUCCUUACACAAGGACACAACAGGCUUCUGCUUUGGAUAGAGCCUUCUCUCCAUCUCACUCGUGUUCUGAUUGUGCUGCUGCUGGGAUGCUGUGGGUUGUGCUGCUGAGCUGUGGGUCUCAGAGCAUCCUAUUGAGCACCAUUGCCUCUUCCCUACACUGGCACCUCCCAGAUGGUCUUAAAAUGUGUGUGUUGUGCCCCCCCGUGCAGCCCUUUUGCCAAUCAAUCUGCAGUCAUAAUGGUGGUUUUGUUCCAGUAGGAAUUACUCUAGCAAUUGUUUGGAUAAACAGAGUAAAGUUACAUUGCAGCCUUCACAGCAGCCCAGGGAAAUGCAGCCAAAGUCUGUUCAGAACAAGCAGCCAUUGAAGUAAUCAAAUUAAAGCUCCUAAUUGAGGAAAAUUGCCCAAAUCAGUUAUUUGCAUGAUAGCAGCUGGCUGGGAAUUUCUCUGCAGCGGAAUGAGGAGCAGAGCUGGGUGUGGGCUGGUGGCACACUGGGCUGACAGCAAUGGGAUGAGUUUGGAAAGAUGCCUGCUGGGCACAGCAAUGCUUCCCCACUCACCUUCCCUACUCUGGGUUUUAAUACCCCAGCCCUGUGUGAGAGCCAUCCUUGCUGCUCUAAAAAAAUCAAUCAAAGGGUGACAGUUUCUCCUGUUGUGUGCUGGCAGGAGAAGCAAACAGGUAAAGUGCAGUUAGAUGGUGAUGCAGCUCCUCGCCUUGCUGUGGUACCCUGAAAGGAGCAGCUCUCUGCCCCACGGGGUUGUGGGGACAGAACUCACUCUGCACAAACCAUGAGCCAUCAAUUAGACCUGGCUGCAAAAGCGGUGUGGUCCCUGCGUGGCUGCAGCUGUGCCCUGAAACAUGAGGGCUGUGCUUGGCCAUGCCUUCACCCCUCCUAUGGCCACAUCCUGCAACACAGAGAAGGCUUUGGCAUAACCAUGGCAACUGCCAGGUAAGUAAUAGGUGGCACUCAGUGCCAUGGGAACCAAAGAGGAGUGAGCGGGGUGCUGGGCUCUGCACCUUCCUGGUGCCCCAGUGUGAGGUGUUUGGUCCCAUCUGUGUCACUGUGAGGGUGGCACUGGGUGCACGUGAAGGUUGGGGCUGACACCAAUAGGAGCCCUGAGCAGUUCAUUCAGCACACAGCACAGACUUCUGAAAUCUUUGGAGUGGGUUUUUCUUCACUUAGUCGGACUCGAGAGCCAAACGACAGCUGAUACAGGGAGAAACGGUCAGAGCUGUGAGCUCUGUGUGGAGGAAGAGUGGGAGGCGAUGUGUGGAAAUAGCU